AUGAACCUCGUAUUCGGCAAACAGAGGGGUCACCCCACCGCUAUCUUCCUGGUCCUAGAACUCGAUUCCAGUUCAAGCCAGAGUCCUCAAGGCGAUAACGAUUGGCCCACAGCCGGUAAACAUAUAAAGCAACUACCGCCAACGCUUGCUUCUACCUAUGCUGUUAAGACCAUGGGUUCUGCCGCCGAAAUCCUGGCCUAUGAGCAAGAAGCCUGGAAGGCUCUCUGUACCUCAGGCCCCGCCCUCCUUCCCAUACUUGCCGAUGACGUUAUAAUGCUCUUCCCUGGAGGCAUGCUGCUUACAAACGAAUCGAACCCGACGCUCAAAUCAACUUUGACUAGCGAGGCGUUCACGCCCUGGAAGAGAUACAGGAUUGAAGAUAGCCACGUUCGACUUCUUGAUUGCCAUGGUGCCAGUGGUGUCAUUUGUUAUAAGGUCACGGCAGAGAAGGAGUUUGAACAUAAGGCACGCAGUGAAGCAAAAGAGACUGUUAUUUUCAACGCACUGUGUUCCAGUACCUGGCGGAAAACAGACGAAGGGGCGUGGAAAAUGGUAUCCCAUCAGCAGACGCCUUGUUAA